AUGGACAAUCGUCCUGUCAUGUGUUCGGCUUGUGUGCGGUACGGAGCUAUCUGUUGCCAGCUCGUCAAGGCGACUUGGACCCGUCAUUGCACUGUCCAAGUCGAAAAGGACAACUACGGUAAAAAGACCGCACCCUUGCCGGUGCUCAGCGGUACUGGAGCCACACCAAACAAGCCUCAUAGUGCUAUCGGGAUAAACAUCGGAAUCAAGGGUGAAGAAUUAUGGAGCGAUGUAUCAUCAUGCAAGCCAAAACUAUUUCAAUUCAUGACACUUCAGUACGACUUGUUCAAACCAGUUUAUAGUUUGGAAGGGCUAAUUCUUCGACCAAAAGCCCAGAUAACUCGUCAAGUACUUUUCUGGAGCCUUGUUAUCUUGUUAUUGUGGUUCAUCGUGCAGCUUGGUGUUGAUUUUCCCUACUACCAAAAGCUCCUUCAAGACGGAUUUAGACACAACCAGGCACUGCAGAUGGCCCUCCAACGCGCACGAGACCAGAAGGAAACCGAGCUCCAGAAGCAGACGACUUCAGCCCCUGCCCAAGAGUCAUCACAAGAGUCGGAUGAAGUUGAGGAAACACAGGACAAACAGACCACCUUACAGCGUGCUGUCAAAAAGUGUGCAGACAACAUGGUGGCAUACCUGUCUGAGCGCAUUUUUCCUCAGUGGUUGGAGAGCUCUGAUGAGCGCAUCCCUAUUGACCAGGCAGGCGACGAUGACGCUUUGCUGUGGCCAACAGGACAACCAUUUCCGACGUUCACCUUCCCCAUUCAAGGAAAGCUGUGGACCACAAAGGAUAUCAUUAUUGGCUACCCAGGAGUCAAGUGUCCGAAGCUGUUCGUAGACAUCCAUUAUGCCCGCAACAUGUUCGACAAGCCGGAUUGGAAACAGUCAGCCGUGCGUGGUUACGCCACAAGAGAGGUCGGACAUGCUGUUGAACUUUGGAUCUCGGUCAAGGGUAUUGCUGGAAAUACAUUCGAGCACAACAAACAAUUCCGACGUCGGAUCGAUACAACCCGACUGGUGACCUUCUAUAACUUUCGCGGAUGGUUAACGGAGAAAUUCCUCAUAUGGGCGGGAUCGGCCCUCGCCAGCCCACAUCUGACAAUGCAAGACACGAUGGAAUGGGCGGACAGGCUGACGAUGAUCCAUGGCACGACAAAGGUGCUUGUGUCCCAUCACUGGCAGGCGUUUGUGGACGAACGGCGACUGUUCGCCAACCCAAAGCGCUGCACACCGGCAACGCGCAUGCUCAAGGGCAAUCUCUUGACGGAGACGGGGAUUGUUGUGCCGGAAUACCAGGGAGAUCCCCAGCUGGAGGAGGGGCUUGUUGACAAUGAGGCCAUGUUGCAAUUCUACGGCCAGAUGUCUGACGGUGAAGAAGACACAUUCGUCAAAAAUGUCGGCAUUUAUUCCACCGCCCCCUCGAUCACCUUCAUCCAAGACCCAAGUCUGCAAAUCAGUAAAGCCAUCAGAUCAGCCCCUGACGCGCCCACGACAGACUAUAUAAAAAAGAAACACCGCACAGCUCCCAUCUCCCUUUCUCCCCCUCCCCAACACCCAUCUGCUUCUGCAUCUUGUAUCGCCAACCUCAAAGUAGUAUUCUCUCCAAGCCACUACCAGCCCCUCCCUCUGACCAGACAACGCACUUCACCUCGCCGACUUGAAGAGAAUAUUCUCACCAAGCCUGCCCUCUCCUCCAUGCAACACCUCUCCUCGCACCUGCCUCCUGCUCACCCUGUCCGGCCUUACGAAUCUUACCACACUCCCAGCCAGUCUUCUAAGAUGCCCCUCAAUACAGGCGCAAUCAUGGUCGUGCCAACCUUCCCCGACACUCCUCUUACAGACAUAAACCCAGUGUUUCUGGAACUAGAGAGCCUGCGGAACCUAUUGGAACGGGAGUUCGAGGAAGAAAGCCAGCAGGAAGAGCAGGAAGAAGGCGAUGAGGAUGACAACGACGACGAGAAUGGAGGCAGCACCGACGACGAUGAAAUCGAAGUCGAAGAAGAGGAACAACAGUACCAGAAGAGGAGUGCGGGACCCCCACUGCCGACAAAGACUAUUCCCGCGGUUUUUCAAGAGAUUGAAGAGCCGGCUCCCGCACCCAAACCGGCCGACAAUGGCCCAGCGAAGACUGACGACCUACCUGCAAUUGGAGAUCCUGUCAAAGCCCAACAGGUCGUGAAGGUGAACAAGCCACCUGUCAAGAAGCAGCCAAAAGGAAAGAAGAAGGCCGACACCAAGUCAAUCAUCACGACCAGGCGACAACAGCAGCUUGGUGGAGAUGCAGCUGGAGACGAGAACAAGGAGGAUGACGAGAUCUGA